UCGGCAAUUGCGCAUGUUUGCUUGUGCUGCCGGCAGCUCGCUGCAGUGGGGGUCUAGAGAAUUCUGCAGAAUCGGUCUUUCAUUCGUGGCUGUCUAAAUAAUCCUAAUUUUACUUAACAUCUAGUAGUUCGGCUUGGCAAAGAAAAAUCUUAAAGCCGCACACAAAAGGAAAAAAAAAUCAGGCGAGCAGAAAUUCCAACCCUUUAGGGCCGUGGAGGAAUAAGGUUCUUUUUUUCCCUUUAUGCAAAAAACUGCAUUGCUAGGGGAGCGUUAAGUUUGUCAGCAUCCCCCAAAUCACCAUGUCAGUAGUGGGCUUCGAUUUGGGUUUUCAGAACUGCUACAUCGCGGUAGCCAGGAGCGGCGGCAUCGAGACCAUCGCCAACGAGUACAGCGACCGCUGCACGCCGGCCUGUGUGUCGUUAGCAUCCAAAAACCGCACCAUCGGCAACGCGGCUAAAAGCCAGAUUAUAACAAACUUCAAAAACACAGUGCAUGGCUUCAAGAAGUUCCACGGCAGGGCCUUCGAUGACCCCUUUGUGCAGGGGGAGCGAGUCAAGCUGCCCUACAGCCUGCAGAAGCUCCCCAACGGGGGGACUGGAAUCAAGGUGCGCUACCUGGAGGAGGACAAGGUGUUCACGAUCGAGCAGAUGACGGCCAUGCUGCUCACCAAGCUGAAGGAGACGUCAGAGAGUGCCCUUAAGAAGCCGGUCGUGGACUGCGUCAUAUCGGUUCCCAGCUUCUUCACAGAUGCCGAGCGGAGGUCCGUGAUGGACGCCACUCAGAUCGCAGGUCUGAACUGCCUGCGGCUGAUAAACGACACGACCGCGGUAUCCCUGGCAUACGGCAUCUACAAGCAGGACCUGCCCACUCCGGAAGAGAAGCCCCGCAACGUGGUGUUUGUCGACAUGGGCCACUCGUCCUAUCAGAUCUCCGUCGCUUCCUUUAACAAGGGCAAGCUCAAGGUGUUGGCCACGGCCUUCGACCCCUACCUGGGAGGACGUAACUUCGACGAGUCCCUGGUGGAUUACUUCUGUGAGGAGUUCCGGACCAGGUACAAGCUGAACGUGAAGGAGAACCCCCGCGCGCUGCUUCGCCUGCACCAGGAGUGCGAGAAGCUGAAGAAGCUCAUGAGCGCCAACUCCUCCGACCUGCCGCUCAACAUCGAGUGCUUCAUGAAUGACAUUGACGUGUCGAGCAAGAUGAACAGGGGCCAGUUCGAGGAGAUGUGCGCCCACCACCUGCUAAGGGUGGAGGCGCCGCUGAAAACCGUGAUGGAUCAAGCAAAGCUGACCCGUGACGACGUCUACGCGGUGGAGGUGGUGGGCGGGGCCACGCGGCUGCCCGCUGUUAAGGAGCGCAUCUCCAAGUUCUUCGGCAAAGACGUGAGCACCACCUUGAAUGCGGACGAGGCUGUGGCCCGUGGCUGUGCUUUACAGUGUGCCAUCCUGUCCCCAGCCUUCAAGGUGCGUGAGUUCUCCAUCAUCGACGUGGUGCCGUUCCCCAUCAUCCUGCGCUGGAAGUCGUCCACAGAAGAGGGAGUCGGGGAGUGUGAGGUGUAUAGCAGGAAUCACCCUGCGCCCUUCUCCAAGGUCAUCACCUUCCAUAAGAAGGAGCCCUUGGAGCUGGAGGCCUUCUACAGCUCCCCCCAGGACCUGCCGUACCCGGACGUGAGGAUCGGGACCUUCUCAGUGCAGAACGUGGUGGCCCAGCCGGACGGGGAGAGCUCCAAGGUCAAGGUGAAGGUGCGCGUCAACGUGCACGGCAUCUUCAGCGUGUCCAGCGCAUCCCUGAUCGAGAAGCAGAAGGGGGAGGGGCCGGACAUGGCCAUGGACACGGAGCCGGUGGUGCAGAACGAGGGCCGGCCCGAGGACCAGCUGCACCCCUCUGUUCUCAUUGAGGACGACACCUAUAACUAUGAAGAGGAGACCAAAAUGCAGGUGGAGCAAGAGGGCCACACCCAGGGGGAGGCGGGGAAUCCGGCUGGAGACGAGGGCACAGCCGCGGGCUCCACUGGCAAGGAGGGGACCACCGGGGAGAAGCAGGAGCAGGGGGCAGGAGCCUCCAAACCCAAGGUGAAGGUGAAGAGUGUGGAGCUGCCCGUUGUGACCAAUACCAUCCGGCAGCUGGACAGAGAUGUCCUCGCCAGCUUUGUGGAGAAUGAAGGGAAGAUGAUCAUGCAGGAUAAGCUGGAGAAGGAGCGCAACGAUGCCAAGAAUGGCGUGGAGGAGUAUGUCUAUGACCUACGGGACAAGCUGUGUGGGAUCUACGAAAAAUGCAUCGGUGAAGAUGAGAACAGUCGACUGAGCUUGGUGCUGGAGGACACAGAGACCUGGCUGUAUGAGGAGGGGGAGGAUCAGCCCAAGCAGGUGUAUCUGGACAAGCUGGCGGAGCUGAAGAGGUUCGGAGAGCCCAUCCAGGAGCGGUACAGGGAGCAGGCAGAGAGGCCUCGGGCGUUCGAAGAGCUGGGCAAGAAGAUCCAGCUGUUCAUGAAAGCUGUGGAGGCCUACAGGCAGAAGAACGAGCGGUACGACCACCUGGACCCGGCAGAAAUAUCCACGGUAGAGAAGAGCUGCAGUGAGGCCAUGGCCUGGAUGAGCAACAGAAUGAACGCUCAGAGCAAGCUGCCUAUCACGCAGGACCCCGUGGUCAAGGUGGCGGAGAUCUCAGCCAAGACCCAGGAGCUGGACGGGAUCUGCAGUCCCGUCAUCAACAGGCCCAAACCGCAGGUGGAAGAACCAGAGGAGGAGCAAGACAAGGGCAACGGCGCUCACAACGGCCCAGCUAGCCAGCCCAGCGGCCCUGACGCCCAGCCUGAGCCCAAGGCGGGCCACAACCAGCAACCCAAAACCGGCACCGGUGAGAUGGAGGUGGACUGAGAUGGAGCAACCCCCGAGGCCAACGAAACACACGCCAUCCACCUGGAAACGUCCCCUGGAUCCACCAUCAAUGGGCCGUCUGUCUCCUCUUCACAAUAUCACCUUUAUCUUCCUCGUUGUUAAUUCUUUCUUUAUUCCCUCUGGGUUGUCGCAGAGUGUCCUGUGUCGGGUGAGAGUUAGGGCACCUAAUUUCCAGUCGUACCUGUAUGGUUAGAACCUGUUUGUGUUACCCAGUGCCGGUUCAGAUCCAUUAAAAAAAAAAAAAAACAACAACUCUGACCGUACCUGCCAGCAUCUGGGGAGAUGAAGGAGUGUUUAAUCUCAAGUGGUGAACAUUACUGCAGUCUAGUGGAACAUGCGUAGAAUUACUGUCUGUGACGCUCCAAUGGCUAAAACGGAACAAUAUGUAUGCAAUAAUACAUAUAUAUUUAUAUUUAAGAUGUGAGUCUGAAAACUUGAGUUUAAAAUCUGUAAAUAUUAUUUUAGUUAUUCAAAUUGGCCUGCAGGUUGUAAAUAGGGGGUGCAUAUCCCUCGUGUUUCGACAUCAAAUCUGCGUGGACACUGUCACCACUGUGGGAGGGACCUCCAUGCAUUCCUGUGUGUUCACCGCUAGAGCAGAACAUGGUGAGAAAAACCUACAUCUUAGUCUAUAUUACAGAUAUCACACAGAUUAAGGCCACCGGGGGCUAUUGGCAUAAAAAAAAAAAUAAAUAGAAGGUUUCUCUGCCAGCCCUGUUAGAUAAUCAUCUAAGACCAUCAGACACGUUUCCCCGCAAUUCAGUCUGCCUGUAACAGAUUAUAUGCAUUAAAAACACGAGUAUCAGCAUUUACCAACAAUACGAAGUGUGGCACGAUUUCAAAGAGUUUAGACCAUCAAUGAAGAUUAUGCAAGCUGGGAAGCGGGGUGAGCUUACUGGGGGACGCCCGCCCACGUGGUUGGUGUCUGAGGGGGCCUUUCUUGGGUUUGCACUAUUUACUGAUAACCUAAGACGAAGUCUGACUCUUACUUAGAAUAAAAACCCUUGUGGAAUGUGGACUGUUUCUCAGAAGGAAGGGUGUCCUUCGAGGGUGCUAAAGAUCACGUUAGGAGCGUACCAGCGGCGCGCGGGACCGAGCACUUCCCGGGCAUGCAGACAGGGGGCGCCGUCACUCCUGAAGUAGACAGCUUCUGUUUCUGUUUCUUAAUGGCUUUAAGACACCAGUACGGCUGUGUUGCUACUGGGGAACAGUAAUAAACCUCUAGCCUUCCUAAGCCUC